AUGACUGGGAGAGCCAGAGCGAGGGCAAGAGGAAGGGCUCGUGGCCCGGAGGCGGCGUGGCACGUGGGCGCCGCGGCAAGUCAGCAGCCGCCAGCCGAGGGGGAGGUCGUUGCCCGUGGACGACAGAGAGGGACAGGAGGAGCGACAGCCAAGUCACAAGAACUCCAGAUAUCUGCUGGAUUUCAGGAGUUAUCAUUAGCAGACAGAGGAGGUCGUCGUAGAGACUUUCAUGAUCUUGGUGUGAAUACAAGACAGAACCUAGAUCAUGUUAAAGAAUCAAAAACAGGUUCUUCAGGUAUUAUAGUAAGGCUAAGCACUAACCAUUUUCGAUUGACAUCCCGUCCCCAAUGGGCCUUAUAUCAGUAUCACAUUGACUAUAACCCAUUGAUGGAAGCCAGAAGACUCCGCUCAGCUCUUCUUUUUCAACAUGAAGAUUUAAUUGGAAGGUGUCAUGCUUUUGAUGGAACAAUAUUAUUUUUACCUAAAAGACUACAGAACAAGGUUACUGAAGUUUUUAGUCAGACCCGAAAUGGAGAGCAUGUGAGGAUAACAAUCACCUUGACAAAUGAACUCCCACCUACAUCACCAACUUGUUUGCAGUUCUAUAAUAUUAUUUUCAGGAGGCUUUUAAAGAUCAUGAAUUUGCAGCAGAUUGGACGGAAUUAUUAUAACCCAAGUGACCCAAUUGAUAUUCCAAAUCACAGGCUGGUGAUUUGGCCUGGCUUCACUACUUCUAUUCUUCAGUAUGAAAAUAACAUCAUGCUUUGCACUGAUGUCAGUCAUAAAGUCCUUCGAAGUGAAACUGUUUUAGAUUUCAUGUUCAACUUGUUUCAUCAAACUGAAGAACAUAAAUUUCAAGAACAAGUUUCUAAAGAGCUGAUAGGUUUAAUUGUUCUCACCAAGUAUAACAAUAAAACGUACAGAGUAGAUGAUAUUGACUGGGACCAGAAUCCAACGAGUACCUUUAAGAAAGCAGAUGGCUCUGAAGUCAGUUUCUUAGAGUACUACAGGAAGCAAUAUAACCAGGAAAUCACCGACUUGAAACAACCAGUUUUGGUCAGUCAGCCGAAGAGAAGGAGAGGCCCUGGAGGCAUAUUACCAGGCCCUGCGAUGCUUAUCCCUGAGCUCUGCUACCUCACAGGUCUAACUGAUAAAAUGCGUAAUGAUUUUAAUGUGAUGAAAGACUUGGCUGUUCAUACAAGACUAACUCCAGAACAGAGGCAGCGGGAAGUAGGAAGACUGAUCGAUUACAUUCAUAAAGACGAUACCGUGCAGAAGGAGCUUCGGGCCUGGGGCCUGAGCUUCGACUCCAGCCUGCUGUCCUUCGCAGGAAGGACCUUGCAAGCGGAGAAGAUUCAUCAAGGCGGAAGAACGUUUGAUUACAGUCCACAGUUUGCAGAUUGGUCAAAGGAAACAAGAGGUGCACCCUUAAUUAGUGCUAAGCCACUAGAUAACUGGCUAUUGAUCUAUACUCGAAGAAAUUAUGAAGCAGCCAAUGCGUUGAUACAAAGUCUAUUUAAAGUUACACCAGCCAUGGGCAUACAAAUGACAAAAGCAAUAAUGAUUGAAGUGGAUGAUAGAACUGAAGCCUAUUUAAGAGUCUUACAGCAGAAGGUCACAUCAGAUACCCAGAUAGUUGUUUGUCUCUUGUCAAGCAGUCGGAAGGACAAAUAUGACGCUAUUAAAAAAUACUUAUGUACAGAUUGCCCUACUCCAAGUCAGUGUGUGGUGGCCCGAACCUUAGGCAAACAACAGACUGUCAUGGCCGUUGCUACAAAGAUCGCCCUGCAGAUGAACUGCAAGAUGGGGGGAGAGCUUUGGAGGGUUGAUAUGCCUCUGAAGCUAGCCAUGAUAGUUGGCAUUGACUGUUACCAUGACACCACAGCUGGACGGAGGUCAAUUGCAGGCUUUGUGGCAAGCAUCAAUGAAGGGAUGACCCGCUGGUUCUCUCGCUGUGUAUUUCAAGAUAGAGGGCAAGAGCUAGUAGAUGGGCUCAAAGUCUGCUUGCAAGCUGCUCUGAGGGCUUGGAAUAGCUGCAAUGAAUACAUGCCUAGUCGAAUCAUCGUGUACCGGGAUGGCGUAGGAGACGGUCAGCUUAAAACAUUGGUGAACUACGAAGUGCCGCAGUUUCUGGACUGCCUGAAAUCUGUCGGUAGAGGUUACAACCCAAGACUAACGGUCAUUGUGGUGAAGAAACGAGUGAACGCCAGAUUCUUUGCUCACUCUGGAGGAAGACUUCAAAAUCCACUUCCCGGAACAGUUAUUGAUGUAGAGGUUACCAGACCAGAAUGGUAUGAUUUUUUUAUCGUGAGCCAGGCAGUGAGAAGUGGUAGUGUUUCUCCCACACAUUAUAAUGUCAUCUAUGACAGCAGUGGCCUGAAACCAGACCACAUACAGAGGUUAACUUACAAGCUGUGUCAUGUCUAUUAUAACUGGCCAGGUGUCAUUCGUGUUCCUGCUCCUUGCCAGUAUGCCCACAAACUGGCUUUCCUCGUUGGCCAGAGCAUCCACCGAGAGCCCGACCUGUCACUGUCACAUCGCCUUUACUACCUCUAG